AUGGCCGGGUCGGAACUGCAACGUUUUCUUCGGUCUUAUCAAACGGGGCAGAUAGUACAGAACUUCCCUGACGCUCGUUUGGGCGAAAUGAAGAAUACGGUAGUAAGAGUGGGGCUUUUUGGCCUGACGGGUUCCGGAAAAAGCUCGUUUGUGAACACAGUGGUGAAGUGUGUGGAGGGUAAGGACGAGGAGUUGGCGAUCGUGCAAAGCAGCGGCGCUGAAGGUACGGUCGUCUUGGACGAGUUUGCCCUUGGAGGAGGGGGACCGGAUAAGAAACCAGGCUUCAAACUUUUGGACACUCGAGGGUUUGACGUCUUGGGUGACGAUGCGCGAAAGGAAAUGCUGGCCAUUCUGAAUGGAGACAUAAGGAGUGGCCAAGUCAUAGACAGAGCUCGAGGUAACCGUUUUAAUGCUUUAUAAAAGCUUCACCGCACU